UUUCACGGUUCCAACAGUGCGGUUCGUGUCGUGUCACACGUGUCACACACACUUACUUACACACCAUUUUUCUCUGUCUGUCGUGUCGUUUUCUCCACACACACAUACACACUCUCUGUGUUUCGAAUCCGUUUCGUUCCGUUGUUGUUUGCAAAACAUACAUACAUACAUUAAGCUCACAUACGCGAUCUUUGAAGUAAGUCAUCUCUCGGUACAUUUCGUCGAGUCAACCUGUAAAUAAAAACGCUACCCCUAUCAUCUGUCACUUUUACACGGCUAACUGUGAUUGGUUAACCUGGUGCAAACAUCGCGCGCGCGACUCUCGGGAAGAAACCAGUGUGCAAUAGUGCGUUCCGGAAUCCGGAGGAAGAACACUCUGAACAGCCGGCUUUGGAUACAUCCGGCGUUCCGUAACCCUGUUUUGGGUUAGUUCGAUGUGCAUCAACGUAGCCAGUUCCGGUUGCGGUUCACCGGCGAGCUCCUCGAUGCCGGACCGGAACUUCAAGCUGACCCGCUAAACGGGCUAAUUUCGAAUCUCGUGGUCUCGUGUUUCCGGUUGUUCUGUUCCACGCGUGAUGUCGCUGACGUCGUCGCGUACGCUACAGUGUGACCACUUCCGUUUUGCUCUCUGUGUUGUUGUUUUGGUUCCGUGACCACGGGAUGAAGAUUCUGCUACACUGUCGUCGUCGUCGUCGUUGUCGCUGUUCUACCAACUGUUCUACGAACUCUCGAGGAUACUUAAGCUGAUGAACUACUAUUACACUACAACCUAGUACUACCGCUGCUGCUGCGUGAACUGUCCUCAUACACUCUCUGGAUUUCCUUUAAGUGUACUCUGUGUGCGUUUCUAAGUUUCGUGAACAUCUCGUGAAGACACUAAAGCUCGUAAAACUAUAACUGAACUGUCCUACUCCCCUGUACACUAACCAUCCCUACCCCUUGAAACGCCCCUCGCCGAAGCCAAGGAAGAAAGUUUUUUGGUAUCUGUGUCACGUUCGGAAGUAGAAAAUUUAUUCCUGAAGAAGGCAAGAAGAACCUCGUCGCCGCAGCGCCGUUCCGGCAGGAAGAAACUAUCGAUUUUCCCGGGCGCCGUGUUCCUUCGUCAUGAACUGACCCUCGUGACUGCACGUGCUCGUCCCCACAAACAAACCACACACACACACAAGUACCUGAACCCGAAUCUUGUCCUCACAAAACAAAAAAAAUCCUCCAAAAUGCCCCGCUGCUUGAUGGCGAAAAAGUUCAAGGCCUACCCGUGGCCGGACCGGGUCGAGGAACCACAGGCCCCAAGUUCCGGCCGCUCGCCCACUCCGCCGUCCCCUCCGCCGCCACCCCAGGUCAUCGUCGAGGUCCUCGAGGAGGACGAAGAAAUCGACGUGGUCGGUGACAACGGGGGUGCCACAAGCGCCUCGCCGAGUUCGGCCGGAGCCGGCAGUGGAACCACCGCCAGCACCUGUUGGGGCCCGUCCUCGCCGACGGCCGGAGCUACGGCGCCGAGUCCACCGCCGCACUCGCCGGAAGCGGCCACCCGGGAUGCGUCCUCGUCCUCGUCCGCGUCGUCGCCGUCCGCGUCUUCGACGAUCCUGUACAACGGCUACACCCCGGACAUUACGCACCACUUCACCGCCUAUCUGCCAACCAAGCUGGAACAUGAAGCCGGCGGUUACUCCCAGCAGACGACGCACUACAUCCUGCCUCCGACGCCAACGUCCCCUCCGCGGUCGCCCCAGGAAGAUCGGAGUCCGUCGCAGUCGCCAAAGAAGACGUCGCUCUUCACGAGCAGUUCCGGCGCGGCGCUGUCGUUGCCCCCCAAGAAGAAGGACAUCUACCGGCCGUACUCGCUGGACGACAGGCCGAGGAACUACGAGAUGCGGAUCCCGGCGGAAGAGGACCUGCAUGCGGCGCACGCGAUUCUGGACUUGAGUGCUUCGACGGCCUUUCUGCCGCCGCCGGCGCCACACCAGCUGCUGCAGCACCAUCACCAGCAGCAGGUUGUGGUGGAGGACCGGGGUCAGCAUACGGUGCCCAGUUCGUUGGGUUCGCCCGAGCAGAACGAGAACAAAAACAGCACAAACACGCUGGAGGAUGGCGGGUCUAGCAAGACGGUCGCGUACACGUACGAGGCGUUCUUCGUGAGUGACGGCAGGUCGAAGAAGAAGGUGGCGGAUCCGAAGACGGUGCUGGAGACCAAGGCCAAGUACACGUGCACGGAGUGCGGCAAGCAGUACGCGACCUCGAGCAAUCUGUCGCGGCAUAAGCAGACGCACCGAAGUCUGGACUCGCAGUCGGCGAAGAAGUGCAUGACCUGCGGGAAGGCGUACGUCUCGAUGCCGGCACUGGCGAUGCACGUCCUGACGCACAAACUGUCGCACAGCUGUGGAGUCUGCGGCAAGCUGUUUUCGCGACCUUGGCUGCUGCAAGGUCAUCUGAGGUCACACACCGGCGAGAAACCGUACGGAUGUGCCCACUGCGGCAAGGCCUUCGCCGACCGGUCAAACCUGCGAGCCCACAUGCAGACGCACUCCAUCGACAAGAACUACCAGUGCCAGCGGUGUCACAAGACGUUCGCCCUCAAGUCGUACCUCAACAAGCACCUGGAGUCCGCCUGCUUCAAAGACGACGGAGUGUUGCCCCCGAACGGGUGCAUGAGUCCGCUCGGGUCGUGCUCGGACAACAGCAUGGACAUCGACAUCGAGAACAAUAACAACGUCAAGCUCGAGCUGACCGGCAGUCCGCACAAGCUGGUCAUGAAGAAGGAGCACAACAACAACGAGGAAGCUUUAAAUCAAAACUUUGCCACGCUGGCGGCGGCCGCUGCCAGUGCGAGUGCCGCAACCAGCAACAUACUCGUGAUGAAGAACGGAAACCUGCUGACCACGAUGGCGAACCCGUCGGCCGCGGCGGCCGUCCUGCUGGCGUCCUCCAGCCAUCCGGUGCACAUCAACGUCAACUUCAGCGGGUAACCGCUGGUGGAUGCGGCCGCCUCGCUGGCCGCCCCCAAGGCGUACCGAAUCAUUUUAAACUGAAGCCCUAACCUAAUCGCUUAAGGUAGUAGUUUUGAAGUUCUUCUUUCUCAAACUUUCCUAGUAGAGAGUGCAGGGGAAACCGCACGGCGAGAAUCAGUUGACUCGAGUACCCCUCGGCAACGUCAAAUCUGACAGCUUGUAAUCACCCGAGGGGUGAGUCAACUGCCGGUCAAAAAGCGGUGCCGUUUGUAAGUAGUUUCCGUUUCAUUUACUCUUAUUAACUCUGAGCAAACGCGUCAAGGUCGCCCUCAUUAAACCUUUACAUAUACUGCAUCUAGCGACAUCCAACCUGUAAACAAACAAGUAUUUACACGAAAACAAACGCAUUAUAAAAUUUUAUCCAAAAACGUUUUAAAAAAGGCAACCCAGCAAGCAAUCCCUGAUAGCAAUUCGGUUCAAUUAGUCAAAAGACACGUUUCAAUUAGCGCGCUGAUGCGCAAAUCGGACGGCCCCCCGUCCCCCGCUGUAAAACACCACUAUUAUUAUUAUUGAACAACAACAAACACACUUAACACAAACACCUGAAAUGCUAAUCAAAGAACAAAGCAGUAGGCCGCCGCGCAACUAACCUUAAUUACCAAGCUUCAAACUCGUUACAUUGCGUUCGUUCCCGCCGGCGACCCCUCGGCCGCUUCUGACGUUUGACUCCUUAUCGAGCUCGCUCGCGGUUAUCAGAGCCACUCUGGAAUGUCAAAUGUCGUCGACACACAGGAAGACAAAAGUAUUUUGUACUACGGGGGGGCACUUUGUUAGUCCUGCCAGCAGCGCCCUUAUCGGUGGCAAUGGAUCAGGAAAUGUCACCCCCCAACGGUGGCGUCGCCGACCGGAGGGAGUCAAAAAAUGAAGAAAUAAAUAUCACCGGCAGUGGGUACUGAUAAGUGGAGUCACGCCACGAGAAGGUCUCCUGCGGUGUGACAGGUCUUCAUUUUCGUCGUCUUAUCGGGACGGUUUUCGGCGGGGUGGAGUGGAAUUUUGGAAGAAGGCUGUGGGAUUUUUAUGGCGACGCCAUUAUGGCGCGACGCGAACAAGUGUCAAAAGCGCAGUGAUGCCAGUUCGUUUCGGCCGCAAAAAUCUCCAAACAAACUCCGGAAGGCAAAAAAAUCCCUCCUACAAGCAAUUUUACCCAUUAAUCAUUCCCUUUUCGAACGUUCCAUCCGGUCCGUUCCGUCCCGAAGUCGGUCCCGACCCCCCUCUGGGCAGGAACUAUUUAUUAGUAUUUAUUCAAUUAUUUAUUCAUCGCCGCUGUUUCGCCCCUUGUUCGACGACGAGGGGCGCCUAAGUAGCCCGUGUCGUUUGCUAGUUAUCGUUAUCUCACGAUCACCCCCUCGGACCGUGGUCAGUGCACGGAAGAAAAUCACUUUUGACAGGUUAAUUUGGUGAAACAUUUCAACGAAAGAGGUUUGAAACAUUUCCACAGACAAGAUGGUGUGGUGGUGGUGCAAAACUGAAGCUAAACGAAAUCAUGAAAACGUCCAAACAACUAAGGUAAACAAACACAAUUUUAAGCAAAUUCAAGUAUUAGUCCCCCUUCGGAAGUGAUGCCAAAGGCGUCGCAGGAGGGAAAAAUGUUUUAAAAACAAACCAAAAGUUUUCGUUAUCAAAAUGUAAACAACCCAAAAAGGAAAAGUUACAAUCUCGUUCUGUUUGACCCCAGUGGUUUUUCGAAAAACAACAAAAAACACAAAAAAGUCUGUAACAUAGUAGAAACAAACCAGUAAGCAGCUCUAGGCAGGUUAAGGGUCUCUUUUAGGACAAUUAGUGCGUAAGAGGAAUGACAUGCAAAGGCAAAUACUUAUAUUGUUAAUAUUGGUUACGCGAGACGAGAGAAACCGUAAGUUAGUGAAAGAGAUAAUAACUUUAGCGUGCGUAAGGUUAAACAAAACAUUGAAAAAUCUAGUCUUCACCUAGUCCUAGGCGAUCGCAGCUCCCCGCGGGGAGCCGAAUCGUUGAAAACAACAGGAAACCCCCCAUAAAACUCAUUCAUACUUUGAAACUUCUUCUAGUUCUGUAGUCUGUAAGCUGUAAACUUUCGACCUACUCGAAAAGUGCUGCUGUAAAACUUCAACCUUCACGCAACCCCUCAAUCUGGCAACCCUGUGAACUGUCAAAAGCAAUACGUAAACAACCUAAACAAAAGAGUCAUGAAAUAUUUCAAAACACAUCAAAGUCACAAAAACAACGAAUCCGUUCGCGCAGCAACUGACGGGUAGGUGCGAACAAACGAAUUAUAACCUAGAAAACAAAACUAACGUAAACCCAAAACUCAAGCAACGAAAGUUCUGAACGAAAAGCAACGUUUCUCAAACAACGAAUUAGGCCGUAAGUAAAACAAUUGUACUUUCUUCUAGGUUUUCCCCUUCUUUGUCUCACUCGUUUUCUGUUUUUCCUGUACAUAGUGAUCUCACCUUGACGGUUCUGUCAGCUGUCAGUUUUGGUUUAAAUUUUGUGAAAAUGGCGCAGCGCCGCCAUUUUGAAGCAAAUCAGUGAAUAAGCUGCAAAUUAAGAAAGAAAAAAAAACGCUUCUUUAGAUGUUGAUUGAGUACUGGAAACUGCAAUUUUACAACGCGUAAUCAAACUAAACAGAAUUCUGAAAAAAAUAUAUACAGUAGCAGAGAGGAGAUGGUAGAUCUCGUAGCCUUAGAUUUUAUAAACAACAAGCAAGCAAAACCAAAAGGACGCUUUUCCAAACCAUGUAAAUACGCAGCUGUCACUCAAAAUAGCUUCAAAGCGGGAAAUUAAUUUGUCAAAUCAAUCAUCUUCAUUUUGGUUGGUCAAGUGGGGUGCCGGACCCUCCCGGAUAAUGAAUUAUCUUCUCACCAAACCCCCCCGACGACGACGACGGGGGUUGACAGGUGUCAGAGCCGGGGUCCCUCCUCGGCGGUAAUCAAGUGCAAGAUAAAGCAUCCCAAAUUGACACUUUUCGAAAGAGUUGAGUGAGUGAGUGAGCGAGCGAGAGUUGUUUUGAGGUUAGGUUUAAGGAUCUUCUUUAUUUUCUUCGCUUGCCUUCGUCUUCUUCCUUCUUCUUUUCGUCAUUUCUUUCCAAGACCCCCUUCAGAAAAAAAGCAAUCGACGACGAGCGACGACGUGCUGAUGUGGACGCGGAGAUGUGGGUAACACGUGCAAUAGGAUUUGAACCUGGGGAUUUGGUGGGGCUGGUUGGCCGCGCUGGCGGCUUCCGGCCGCCUUUUCCCACGGGUGGAGUGUUGAAUGUGAGCAGAGUGUGGAAUUUAGAGGUUAAGUUUCGAGCUAAAUGGUUUGUUUUUAUUCUGACGUUUGAAACAUUUCGUGGUUGGGAACGACAUUUGCCAAACGAAAUGUUUCAAGCGCCUUUAUAAAAUAAGUCGCUUUUCCUUCUUCAAUGGUUGGUGAAUGAUUGAUGAAACAUUUCAUCAGUCAAUUUUGACACGUAUUGGUUUGACAUCUGUCACAACAAAGUCAAAUUUCGUCAAACUUUUGAACCAUAUUGUUGAACUGAUUUCGAUAGAUCCGUGGAAGAUUUUCUUGAAAUGUUUCGUUUGUAUCGAACUGUCAAAAAUCUACCAAAUCAGCACAUUGAUUACACAUAAAACUGUGGUAGAAGGUAUUUACUGGCAUUUAAAACAAUCAAUUUUUGACAGUUUGACGCCAACGAAAUAUUUCAAGACAAUCUACCGCGGUAUCAGAAUCACUUCAACAAUACCAUUCGGUUAAAAAAUUCAAAUUUGAUGAAAAAUUUCAUUAUUUUUUUCUCAAACGAUGAAGAAGGGAAGCGACAACAGUUAUCAUAAAGGCUUGGUUGCACUGAAUUAGUUUUCAAUGCUAAAUAAGUGCAUCAAGCCUGCUAAAAUGAGCUUUUUUCAAUGCAUUGUAUAGUCAAUUUGAGCAUUUCGUUUCUUCGGAUGCGUGAGAUCCCUACUGAUGGUUCCGGAGGUUCCCGGAAACGGGUCUCGUCGACCAUCGACAGUCAAUUCUAAUUUAAUCUCUCAUCAUGACGCAAUUAUUUAUCCAUCCAGACGUUGGGAAAUAUACGAGAGCUUUAGUCCACUAUGUAAUCGAGCAAUUAGUAGAGCCCAUCCUCAUACAGAAAUCCAUAUAUUUAUCUAUACUAAAAACACCAUAACCUACAAACACUAUAUAACUUUCGGUAAACAAACCCUUGUUAAUUAUUACCCCCUAUUCUCAGCAGUAGAGUUAACUACGAAAUCUCCCGCGGGAUCCCAACCUGCCCUUAAGCCGGACCAGUGUUGGCAGAUUCCCGCGGGCAGAGAUCCUUUCUCAAGUAAAUUAAUUCAAUUCGCUAACGUAAGGCCAUUUGCAACACGAUUGUAAAGAAACGGAGUGUGCUCUAGUCAAACAAGAAAAAACUAACCUAAAACAAAGUAUAGUCUGUAAACAUUUCCAAAACAAAAAAGAUUCGCGAGAGGCUUUUCAACGAUCUCAAUUUAGUUAAGGUGAAGGCGCCCUCUCUUUCUCUCAGGAUCGUUAGGGUUCAAAAUGGCGUCGCCGGCUGGAAACGUCAAACAUAAAAAAAAAACAAAAACAAUGUACAUAGCAAGGCCCCAUACAGUAGAACGAAAACCAAAAAUUAGCCCAACCUAGUUAAGCGAGCAGCCUCCGGGAGACUGCGUCCAGUAGUGGUAGUGUAUUGUUUACAUUUUUUGUAAUCCCCUAACCUAAUUUUGACAAGUAGUUUUCAAACUAAACUUGAAAGCGUAGCGAAAUUUACUAAAUGAAAAAGGGCAGCAAAAGGAUAAAACUUCAAAAGUGUAGCCGCUAUUUCCCUUUUAAAUUUUAAAACUCUCCUAAUAAGGUUCAUUUAAUAUACUCAACUAUUUAUAAAUUAUUUAUUUAUUUAAAUUAUUCAAACCCCCUAUGCUAAGAAAAGCGUAACUUUUAGCCAGUACUGAAUCAUAUACUCAUUGAUUUGAUCAUUUUACUCUAAUAAAAAAAAAUGAAAUGAAAAAGCAAUUAGUCACUAGCGAACAGCAGAGCAAUUGUAAAUAAGCAAUAUAUUACACAAAGAGAUGCAAACAUGACACAAGUUUUAAUGACAAGCAGCAAUUAAUACUUUUUAAAAACGGUAACCGACACUCAACAACAACAAAUGAGAGAAAGAAAGAAAAAAAACUUACACACACAACCCAUAACAAGUAAAGUUUAGUAGUGAGCAAUAUAUAUAUAUAUUUAAAAAAGACGCGAUCAAAACGGCCGAUUGCACCAAGCAAAAAGUCAUAUUUUUAUAAAACAAGCGAGGCAGAAGUGAAAACAAAACAACAACAAAAAAAUGAGAAAAACAAGACGACACGCUUGAAAUAUUUCACGACCCCUCAAAAAGUCGGAGUGAAAUGUUUCGCAAAACAACCCAGUGACAAGCGGAAGCAAAGUGAAAACAAUGAAUGAAAAUGCAUACAGUACUUAUUGAUUAAAAUUGAUGAUAUUAUACAAUAAAAGGAAACAAGAAAAAAACCUAUUAUUUAAGAGUAGUGAACCGCAAAAAAAAACAUUCAGAAGAAGAAAAACUAUUAUUAUAUUAUUAUUGAUUGAGAACAAGCAGAAAAAAAGUGGCGCAGAGAAAAAGUGAAUGAAAUAUAGAGAAAACAAAAAAAAACAUUUGAAAAGUUUAUAAAGCAAAA